ACAUCGGCUAUGUGCUGGCAGGAAAGAUCACAAGCAAGCCUAAUCAUAACAUCUCAUUCCCUCUUGAUGUCACUGGUAGCCGCCGCUGUUGCGGCUUCUGUCGGGUACCGUUCUCAAUUCCUCUAUGAGGACUGCGAUCAGAAUUGCAGUUAUAUAGCUGUGUAUGUUACUGGAAUUAAGGUGUCCUGAUCCUGGCAGCAGCUCUCUUAAUCGCUGCCUGCUGUAACAAGGAUGAGAUUGUUUACUGGGUAGCCCCACCCAUUACCUGCCUUCGCGGCCUUCAAGGUGUCUUACCGUGGCCAGAGUUUGAGAUUGGAGCCGUGUGAUUGUGUGUGAGAAUCUGGAGCACUCUAUACUAACAGUGCUAAAAGAGGAGCGAUGGCUCCCCGAGGUGCUCUACAGGCUUUGGCAGAGCGCUCCGGCUCAGAUUCGGAUGAGUGCAUGUUCGAUCAGACAAAUCUCCUUCAGCGACGGAGGAUGGACAUUACCCGCUUUCGGAGAAGCAGUUCUACCAUGUCCGGUCAACGACUGACGGUCGCGCGAACGGUUAAUCUCUGCCUUUCAUUCUUCGCACUGGGUCUUUGCUUUGUUAUGCCGACAGCAACGAUUACAGAUCUCCAGUACCGCACGAGUACGAGUGAAGAUAGUAUCGGGAACAUUUAUAGAGCACGUUAUGGAGGUUAUGUCGUGGGCUGCUUCGCGGGCGGUUUCCUAUUUAACUGCUACAAUCGACAAUUUCUACUCUUUCUCGCACUUUUGGCCACAGCAAUCGGCGUCCUCGUGAUGCCAUUUUGUCGCGUCCUAGCUACCCUCAUGGCAUGCACGUGCGUAACGGGGGUCACCAUGGGCCUUUUAGACACUGGCGGCAACGUUUGGCUGCUUGAUCUCUGGGGCCGAAAAAGCGCACCAUUUAUGCAGACAAUGCACUUUUGCUUUGGAUUAGGCGCACUUGUUGCCCCCCUGGUUGCUCAGCCUUUUGUCGGAUCUUACAAUCAAAUCGGUGCACGGGGUUUGUUUAACGAAACCCGCAAUCUCCUGCCACCAAUGAGUCCCCGAUUUCCUGGCAAUCCCUACGGUCAAAAGGUAAAACGGGAUCUGACCCAAAUUGCUCACAACGUUUCGACCCAACAACCGCUACUAAAUAGGAAUAUCACUAGAACGACUCGGCUGGGUUUCCUAAAUAUGAACACCUCGACGACGCCACCGUCUGCCACAACGACUAAAUUGCCGCCGAAAAAGCCCUUGUAUGCUAACGGGGAGAAACAGUUCGAUGUAUGGGAGCGUCCUGGCCCCCACGCGGUGACGACGACAACCAAUUUGACAAUGAAUUCGAUGACGUCAACUACUGCAGCAAACGCUACUACAAGUAUCAACAUGAACAGUACUUCUACGCCCGUUGUCCUUAGUGCACCAACGGAGGCGACUAGAGCAAAUGCAGUAUCACAACGAUACAUUAUGGGAAAGCCAGAGACGAAGACAACGCCGACAUCUAUAACGAAUGAAUUAGCUAGUCCACCGCCGCCGGCUUCAGUGCAAGCAACAAUAGGCGUCACAAACUGUUCGUUCGGCAAUAAAGGCAGUACCAUCGAAAAAACUGUGACGCCUUCGACAAAUGAGAUCUCAACGAGCAGCACCUUAAGUCCGGCUAUCGCUAGCAUUCUUCCAACCGGAGCAGCGUCUGUGCCACCCUCGUCUACAACUCCUGUUGGUAAAAGUACGGCACAAUUAAAUGGAAGGGUGUCGCCGUCAGAGGGAGCUUGGAGACUCAACGAUUCGUUGAAGGUGCUCCAUCAAGCCAAUGAGCCGGAAAGAGAAUCGACAACAAAAGCUACUUCUUCAACGGUGCCUACUCAAGAAACUGUAAAAGUGACUGCUGUUCUCUCGGAAGCUUCCUUUAAUACUACAAAGAAACAUCACAGUAUGAAGAAAGUGCUACCUGACAAUGCAGAACAAGUGUCAUGGAUCGAGGCAACAAAAAAGAAAAUCCAAGAGUCGGACAAAUUCGAAAUUGCGUACGGAAUAUUGGCGGCGUAUGUUCUGGUUGUGUCUGUAAUAUUUUUGAUCUUUCUUUGCAUGAACCCGCGAGAGGGCCGCUCCAAGCAAGAAGAAGAACUCGACGAUGCGCACGUCGCUCAGGCUUCACUGAUGCGUCUUCCGCUCAUAAUUCUCAUGUGCUCGUUCUUCUUUCUUUAUAUGGGCAUCGAGGUAGCCGUAGGCGAGACAUUAAAGCCGCUGUUGAAGCGUGGACCUUUAGUAACUGGACUGAUCACCGGGGAACAACUAGUUUACGUGUUUUGGGGUAGUUUUGCCUUAGCACGGGGCGUGUCUAUCUUCAUUUCGAUGAAAGCUUCGUACCGCACUAUGCUAAUCACAGACCUUCUCCUUUGUCUCAGUGCGGCACUUAUUUUGGUAUUGGGUGCACAACAAUCUGGACUACUUGUAGCAGGAGUCAUUAUUCUAGCCACCGGGAUGGCAUCAAUUAUCCCAACGUUGUUCAUCUGGUUGGAACGCUGCACGCAAGUUACCAACCGUUUGUCGGCUUUGCUCAUUCUGAGUGCAGCGGUUGGCGAAAUGAUUAUUCCUGAACUCGUGUCGGCAUUUACCCGCAGCUCAUCGCCCAUGGCGCUGAUGUACAUCAUACUUGGAGUCAUUUUUCUUUGCUCAGUUAAUUUUGUUGCACUGUGUUAUGUGACCUCUGUGCGAGGCGAGAAGUAUCUGGAUAAACCAGACCGCUCGCUGUACCAACUUGCCAGUCUGGACGAUGAUAUCGAGCACUGGAAUCAGGGCAAUGGGAAGAAUGGACAGCACCAGGACGGAGCGGUUGUCAAACGAAAUAAAAACAACUCAUUUUUCUACAAUCGAUUAAAUAGCUUGGAUAGCUAAAGCGAGUCGAUCUAUUCAUAGGCAGCUAUUUGACAAGAGGCGUGCGUACAAGAAGCCCAAAGAGACCUCCAAAGCCCAUAAGGAGAAAUAGGUCGGCAUUAGUAUUUGCAGUAGAGAAGCCUACCAAUUUUUGGAGCGGAUAUGUAUAAUGUAUAGAUCGCCGAUGGUGAAACCGACGAAAGGAGUUCCGCCGUUCGAGCACAACCAGUGAGAAUUGAAAGGUGACAGAACGAAAGAUAUGAGCUGUCACGUGCUAAAGUUAUUGUAGGAAACUGUGUCAAGCAUUCGUGGCAUAUGGAGAAAGCUGUUCUAGGACGACCUGAGAGCCAGCUGCCCAGGACGGAAUGUUGGAAGAUGCGUUUGCAAGCGCUCUAUAUUACCGCAUUGCUCUUUCAACGACAAUGUAAAUCCAGUACCGACGAAUGUGUGUUUCCAUCGAGUUUGUAUAUAGCUCUGUUUCGCCUGCCGUGCGACCAGUUGUGACUGUAAUAGUAUUGUCUAAUAGCAGUCAUAGUGUGACUAAUUGCUACGUAUUGUUUUCAUAGAGUUGCUCUCAAUCGUGAUACGAGAACCGCCCCCGGGGGGUGCCAGUGCCGCCGUCAACAACAAACUGAUAGUGGUAGAAAAUGUUAAUAGCCAGUUGUCUGGUUAUACAAUGUAAUGACGCGAAGGCGGUAUGAGUCUUCCGUCCAAUGAAUAGUUUAUUAUGAAGAAGAGAACGUUGUUCUGUACAGUAACUUGCGCUCCGGUGCGCAUUACAAGAGGAUACAC